CCAAAAGCUAUCAGAAAAUUAUAUUUUUCCGUCGAGGUAAAAGGAAAAAAGAGGCGGAGACAAAAGACAAAAGAUCUGAAGAAACGGAGGCGCGGUGAUGUGUGCUGUGCUCUCAACCCCAGCACAACGCAGCCCGAAGACGAAGACCGACAGCGACCUCACGACGCCCUUCCAUCCAUGCCAUUGUUUUUUCCGUCUCACUGCCCCACUGAUAAACCCUAGUCUUCUCACACUCCGCUCUCAAAAUCACUAGCACUUACUCAUUGUCGUUUACACUUACCUGCACCCUCCGAUCAAUGAGAAUUCAGUUGAAAAUUUGAAGAAUCUCUACGAAUCGGAGUUCGAAAUCGAGUGAUGGAGUCGCUGCUGGAGCUCUGCGAUUUAAUCUCGCAGAAUCCAUCGCAAUUUCCAGAAAAAAUCGCCUGGAUUUGCAGCCGGUGCCCGCCGGCGGAGUCUCUGUUAUCUGGAUCGCCAAGGGUUUCGAGGUCUCAGCUCCAUGCCAUUCUCACGGUCGCGCGAUUGCUUUCCAAAUGCCCGAAUUCCAAUCACGAAACUCCAAAAUCGCUGGUUCUCGCGUUUUACCGGUCAAUUCCUUCAUCCUUUAAUCCUAAGUUCUGGCCACAGGCAUUCUCCUCCGAGGCCAUUUCUUCAUUCUUCAACGAUUUCUUGAGUUACAUGUCAAAAGCGGCGGAACAGUCUCCUGAUUUCGCUUCCGACGUGGCUGGAUUCACGGGGGAAAUUGUGAUUCAGACGAUAAUCAAUGCUGAUUCUAGUGUUUCCAGGGUUUUUCUGAAAGCGCUAUGCACGAAUUUCCCUCCGAUUCUGCCUUCUGAUGUGAAUAAAUUGAUUUCUGUUCUUCUUGAUCGGUUUGAAAUUCCCGUGCCAAGCUCGCCAAGGGAGGUGAUUUUGGCAACCCCUGAUGCGGCUUCGGCUCAGAGCUCUCCCCUCAGUGUGAACCAUUAUCAGUCUCCGCGUGUUGAGGUCAGCAUUAUUUCAGCAGAUUCAUCUAGCAGUGCAGCUUCAAAAGAUGAUGGGUCAUCGUCUAGGGGGAUUGUGGUGAAUGGGGACGGCAGCAUUACAUGGAGGAGUAAUGGGGAUUUAUUUGGUGCCAGUCUUGGGUUCGCUGAUGGUGACAGAGGUAGUGGGGUUGGCACCGCAGCUUACAAGAAAGCUGUGACAUUUUUUGAGGAAGAGUCAGUGGAGAGUCUUGAAAAACAAGAGAUUGUUUUUAAGCUGAUUGGACAUGUAUUCAGUAAGGCAUUGGAUCCCCAUCUGGUGGAGCAAGUGAGGGGGAUGGCAAAGGAUCAGCUCGAAUCAAUGCUUGCUUUUUUAAAGAUAAGGAAGCGUGAUUGGUCAGAGCAAGGGCAGUUGCUGAAAGUUAGGAUCAACAGGAAGUUGUCAGUUUACCAAGCUGCCACGAUGUUGCAAAUCAAGUCUCUGGCAUCUCUUGACACAGAAGGGAAGUCAUCAAAGAGAUUGUUGCAUGGAGCUCUUGCUCUGUUGAUAGAGGCUGCGGAGGCAUGUUUGUUCUCUGUGUGGCGGAAGUUGAGAGCUUGUGAAGAGCUUUUUAGCUGUUUGCUUUCUGGAAUUUCUCAAGCAGCUGUUGCUCGUGGUGGACAGCUCCUCCGAGUUCUGCUCAUUCGUUUUAAACCCCUUGUGCUGGCUACUUGUGCUCAGGCUGACACUUGGGCAAGCAGCCAUGGAGGCAUGUUUGAAAGUGUCAUGAAAACAUGCUGUGAGAUAAUUGAAUUUGGAUGGGCCAAAGACCGGUCUCCUGUGGACACUUUUAUCAUGGGACUGGCCACUAGUAUUCGUGAACGAAAUGAUUAUGAUGAAGAGGAUGGGAAAGGGAAGCUGACUGCUCCACCUGUACAGCUGAAUGUCAUACGUUUGUUAGCGGAGUUAAAUGUUUCUGUUAGUAAGCCUGAAGUUGUUGACAUGAUUUUACCCCUAUUUAUUGAGAGUUUAGAAGAGGGCGAUGCUUCAACACCAGGCUUAUUGAGGCUUCGACUUCUUGAUGCUGUUUCUCGCAUGGCGACCUUAGGUUUUGAGAAGUCUUACCGCGAAGCUGUAGUGCUGAUGACUCGGAGCUACUUGGGUAAACUCUCCAGUGUUGGUUCUGCAGAAAGUAAAACCCAGGUACCUGAAGCCACGACAGAACGUGUUGAGACUUUACCAGCGGGAUUCUUAUUGAUUGCGAGAGGGAUUACUAGUAAUAAAUUGCGCUCGGAUUAUCGUCAUCGAUUGCUGUCAUUGUGCUCAGAUGUGGGCUUGGCGGCAGAGUCGAAAAGUGGAAGGAGUGGGGCUGAUUUUCUUGGGCCACUGCUGCCUGCUGUGGCUGAAAUAUGUUCAGACUUUGAUCCCACUGUAGAUAUGGAACCUUCACUCUUGAAGCUAUUCCGAAACUUGUGGUUCUACAUUGCUCUCUUUGGGUUAGCACCUCCAAUACAAAAAACUCAGGGCAUGAAAAAGUCAGUCUCAACUACACUUAAUAGUGUAGGCAGCAUGGGCACCACUGCCCUCCAGGCCGUGGGUGGACCAUACAUGUGGAAUUCGUUAUGGUCAUCUGCUGUUCAGCGCAUUUCUCAAGGGACCCCACCUCUGGUUGUGAGCUCUGUGAAAUGGCUUGAAGAUGAAUUGGAGCUUAAUGCUCUACACAACCCAGGUAGUAGGCGAGGGAGUGGAAAUGAGAAAGCUGCUGUGGGUCAAAGAGCUGCUCUUUCUGCUGCUCUAGGAGGGCGGGUGGAGGUUUCUGCAAUGAGUACAAUUUCAGGUGUCAAAGCGACCUAUCUUUUAGCUGUAGCAUUUUUAGAGAUAAUACGGUUUAGUAGCAAUGGUGGUAUUCUAAAUGGAGCCCCGAGUUCAACUGCUUCGCGAAGUGCUUUCAGCUGUGUCUUUGAAUACCUGAGAAGUCCGAAUCUUAUGCCGGCUGUCUCCCAAUGUUUGACUGCUAUUGUUCAUCAGGCAUUUGAAACAGCAUUAACUUGGCUGGAGGAUCGAGCAUCUGAGACUGGGCCUCAAGCUGAAGUCAGAGAGUCUACUCUCUCUAUCCAUGCCUGUUUCCUCAUAAAAAACUUGUCUCAAAGGGAUGAGCAUGUACGAGAUAUCUCUGUUAGUUUAUUAACUCAACUUAGAGAUAAAUUUCCUCAGGUAACAGUGCACUAUGUUUUGUACUGUCUUUUGCUUCUGGUUCACAUUCCAAGAGCACUUUUAAAUGGUCUAUAUGACUUGCAGAUUUUGUGGAAUUCAUCAUGUCUGGAUUCUCUGCUACUCUCAAUGCAUAAUGAUCCACCACCUGCAGUAGUGACUGAUCCUGCUUAUGUUUCCAAUGUCCGUUCUUUGUACCAAAAGAUUGUUCGGGAAUGGAUUGUUGUUUCGCUUUCACAUGCUCCAUGCACUAGCCAAGGUCUUCUUCAGGAAAACCUUUGCAAGGCUAACACAUGGCAGAGAACACAGCCUACAGCUGACGUGGUUUCUCUUUUGUCUGAGAUAAGGAUUGGCACGGGUAAAAAUGAUUGUUGGAUUGGUACAAAAACUGCAAAUAUUCCUGCAGUCAUGGCUGCUGCUGCUGCAGCUUCCGGAGGAAACUUGAAACUUACAGAUGCAUUUAACUUGGAGGUUCUUGGUACUGGUAUGGUCAGUGCUACGGCAAAGUGCAACCAUGCUGGAGAAAUUGCUGGCAUGAGAAGGCUGUAUGAGAGCAUUGGUGGUUUAUCCACUGGUGGUCUCAGUCUUGACCUUCCAUUUUUGGGGUCCUCUGCACAACCUCCUCAACCCAAAAAUGAAUCCUUUAAUGAGAUAUUGCUUAACAAAUUUGUAAGGCUCCUUCAGAAGUUUGUAAAUAUUGCAGAGAAAGGUGAAGAAGUAGAUAAAAAGUUAUUCCGUGAGACAUGUUCUCAAGCUACUGCCUUGCUUCUAUCGAAUCUGGAUUCAGAUCCAAAAUCAAACAUUGAGAGCUUUUCGCAACUUCUACGCCUUCUUUGCUGGUGUCCAGCUUACAUAACCACUCCUGAUGCCAUGGAGACUGGCGUGUAUAUCUGGACCUGGUUAGUUUCUGCUGCUCCUCAGCUGGGAUCUCUUGUCCUUGCUGAGCUUGUAGAUGCAUGGUUGUGGACAAUAGAUACCAAGCGAGGCCUUUUUGCGUCUGACAUAAGGUGCGCUGGGCCUUCUGCAAAGUUGAGGCCCCACCUUGCUCCCGGAGAGCCUGAACCACAGCCUGAGAAGGACCCAGUAGAACAGAUAAUGGCUCAUAGGCUGUGGCUUGGAUUCAUUAUUGAUCGGUUUGAAGUAGUUCGUCAUGAUAGUGUUGAACAGCUUUUGCUACUUGGUCGGAUGUUACAAGGGACAACAAAACUCCCUUGGAAAUUUUCACGGCAUCCAGCUGCUACAGGAACUUUCUUCACUUUUAUGCUUUUUGGCCUAAAAUUUUGCUCGUGCCGAACACAAGGGAACCUUCAGAACUUCAGAUCAGGGCUUCAAUUGCUGGAAGAUAGAAUAUAUAGGGCCUCCUUAGGGUGGUUUGCACAUGAACCUGAAUGGUAUGAUUUGAAUAACAAAUAUUUUGCUCAGGCUGAAGCUCAAUCUGUUUCAUUAUUUGUCCAUCAUCUUUUAAAUGAACGAGGGGAUGUGGAUCAGCUUGAUCAGAGAGCAGGGGUAAAUGAAAAUGGUAGCUCUAUAAAUGAUGUGAAGGAUCAGUAUCACCCUGUCUGGGGUCAGAUGGGGAAUUAUGCUUCUGGACGAGAGAAGCGGAGGCAGUUACUGCUGAUGCUAUGCCAGCAUGAAGCUGACAGACUUGAGGUGUGGGCUCAACCAGUUGGACCAAAAGAAAUUGCUUCUCGGCUUAAAAUCAGCACUGAAAAAUGGAUAGAAUUUGCAAGGACUGCGUUUUCUGUUGAUCCUCGUAUUGCUCUAUCAUUGGCUGCAAGAUUUCCAGCGAAUUCUGCUCUGAAGGGUGAAAUCACCCAACUAGUUCAAUCACAUAUACUGGAGAUCCGCUCCAUUCCAGAAGCUUUGCCUUAUUUUGUCACCCCGAAAGCAGUGGAUGAGAAUUCGACAUCUUUGCAACAAUUGCCGCACUGGGCAGCUUGUUCAAUUACACAAGCUUUGGAGUUCCUUACUCCAGCUUAUAAAGGUCACCCACGAGUCAUGGCUUAUGUUCUCAGAGUGUUGGAAUCCUAUCCGCCUGAGAGAGUGACGUUUUUCAUGCCUCAGCUGGUCCAGGCAUUAAGAUAUGAUGACGAGAAGUUGGUUGAGGGAUACUUGCUUAGAGCUGCUCAAAGGAGUGAUAUUUUUGCCCAUAUAUUGAUAUGGCAUUUACAGGGUGAGACAUGUGUUCCUGAAUCGGGGAAAGACGCAGCUUCUACCACGAAUAACUCGUUUCAAGCACUACUUCCGGUUGUCAGACAACGAAUUGUUGAUGGUUUCAACCCCAAAGCAUUUGAUGUGUUUCAAAGAGAAUUUGAUUUCUUUGACAAGGUUACAUCAAUAUCUGGUGUCCUGUUUCCACUUCCAAAGGAGGAAAGGAGAGCUGGCAUAAGAAGGGAAUUGGAGAAAAUUCGAGUGGAAGGAGAUGAUUUAUACCUACCUACUGCUCCUAAUAAACUUGUUAGGGGUAUUCAGGUUGAUAGUGGAAUCCCUUUGCAAUCAGCAGCAAAAGUUCCUAUAAUGAUCACAUUCAAUGUGGUGGACCGGGAUGGGGAUCCCAAAGAUAUAAAGCCCCAAGCUUGCAUUUUCAAGGUUGGGGAUGAUUGCCGACAGGACGUUCUUGCUUUGCAAGUUAUUUCUCUUUUGAAAGACAUCUUUGAAGCUGUUGGCCUUAAUCUCUAUUUGUUUCCUUAUGGAGUACUCCCAACUGGCCCAGAAAGAGGAAUUAUUGAGGUUGUGCCCAAUUCACGAAGCAGAAGUCAGAUGGGUGAGACCACUGAUGGUGGUCUAUAUGAGAUUUUCCAGCAGGACUUUGGGCCUGUUGGUUCACCGAGCUUCGAAACUGCUCGUGAGAAUUUCCUCAUUAGCAGUGCUGGAUAUGCAGUUGCUAGCCUCUUGCUUCAACCAAAGGAUAGACAUAAUGGGAAUCUUUUGUUUGACAAUGUAGGCAGGCUUGUUCAUAUUGAUUUUGGUUUUAUUUUGGAAACUUCACCUGGGGGAAACAUGCGAUUUGAAAGUGCCCACUUCAAACUGAGUCAUGAGAUGACUCAAUUACUUGAUCCAUCCGGGGUGAUGAAAAGUGAGACAUGGUACCAAUUUGUGAGCUUGUGUGUGAAGGGUUACCUUGCUGCACGCCGCUAUAUGGAUGGGAUCAUAAAUACAGUCUUAUUGAUGAUGGACAGUGGAUUGCCUUGCUUCAGCAGGGGUGAUCCUAUUGGAAAUCUACGCAAGAGAUUUCAUCCUGAAAUGAGCGAGCGUGAGGCAGCCAAUUUUAUGAUUCGUACAUGCACAGAUGCCUACAAUAAGUGGACAACAGCUGGUUACGAUUUGAUUCAGUAUCUGCAACAGGGCAUUGAAAAAUGAGGCAGCACCUCAGUUUAGUUGCCAUCAGUUGUACAUUUUGAUCUCUUGUAAUUUUUUCACUGCAUGUAUCUUGUAGCCGAGGGAAGAGGGGAGCGAAAAUAGCAGAAACAGUAGGUGCUAUUUUCGUGGGGGAUCACCGCUACCGUAGUUGGGAUGUGCGAGCAAUUGUUUAGAUAGAACAAAGAAACAUGAAUAUGAGCUGCUUAUGUGUGGUGGGAUUCCCUCGAUUUGUAAAAGUAUAGGGUUUAGCUAUAUUUUAUCCAUCAAAAUUGAAAGCUCAUCUAAGUAAAAACAUGCAAAAUCAAUAUGAACAGGGAAAGCUUCUCAUGGAGUGAGUGGCUGGUUGGAACUAGUAGAGCUCAUAUAAGGUGUAGUCAGUGUGUAUUAUAUGUAGGUUUUGGUGUACACGACUGUUGUGGUUUGCUGUGCUUCUCAAGUUGAGUACACAAGAUAAAAUUGUCUCAUCAAUCAAUC